AUGGAGCUGUCAAAUAGAGUAAUACGUUAUGCUAAAGGUGUGUCAUUAGCUCUUAAAGUCUUGGGUUCUUUUCUACUUGAUAAGGGAAAAUAUGAAUGGGAAAGUACAUUGGAAAAAUUAAAAAAUUGUCUAUAUCAAGAUAUUCAAACGGUGCUUAAAAUAAGUUAUGAUGGAUUAGAUAUUGAAGAGAAGAAUUUAUUUUUAGAUAUCGCAUGCUUCUUCAAUAGAUGGGAUAAACAUCUAGUUCGUAGAUUCUCUUCAAGUAUUGGAUUGAGAGUACUUAUUGAUAAAGCUCUCAUAACUAUUUCAUAUGGAAAGGUAGAAGUACAUGAUUUGCUUCAAGAAAUGGGCAUGGAAAUUGUUCGACAAGAAUCCUUGAAUAAACUAGGUGAACAUAGUCGACUGUGGCUUGAUAAUGAUGUCUAUGAUGUAUUGAACAAGAAUAAGGGAACUGAUAAAAUACAAGGCCGACGAUUUAAUAUGUCUGAAAUAAGAGAGAUACACUUAAAUCCUCAUGCUUUCUCAGAGGUGGAUUAUCUAAGAUUGUUAAUAGUGGAUAGAUCAAAAUACAAAGGCAAAUAUAAUAAUGUGCAUGGUUUUGAAGAGCUAGAAUCUGAUUUCACAGAGUUAAGAUGCCUCUGUUGGGAUUUUUAUCCUUCAAAUCACUGCCUUUGA